UUUUCCAUUAACGAACAAAGAAAAGAAAGUUCUAAAAAAACCGACACGAAUGAACCGGUCAACGCUCGAGUCGAGCGAAUCACUCUACAUCUGCGACCAAUCAUCACCAUUGCUUUCUUGCCAAAUCCAAAUUGCUCAAGCAAACGUGAGUGACUCUCGAGGAUCAUAUAUAUAUAUAUUGUGCAAUUUCUUUUUCUUCCCAUCAUCACAAUGUCUAAAUGUCAAAAGAGUUUUUGUUUUUUUUUUCUUCCUUUAACUUAUUAGCGCUCGUUGAAUUUAUCGCGUUGCUCUUUUCCCCUUACUUUCAAUGUCCAUUUACAUAUGCAUAAUAUGAUCGAUCAACAAAUAUCAACGUACAAAACACGCAUACCGCCUGAUCGCCAGGGUAGAGUUCGGCGAAUCGUUACCAAGGUCGUUCGUCCGCCGCGGCGCCAAAGCUCAAGGAGCGCAGCUACAUCAUCCAUCUGUUUGCUGUAUUUUGGAGUGGAUUUUCCGACAUGGUGCGCUGAGUGAAUGAAAGUGAUUUUUCGCAGGUCUGAACGUCCCCGUGUGCAAGGCCGCCUCGUCGCCGCUUCAUUACUACUGCCUGUGCUAUAGCACAGUUGUGCAUGUUCGCUUGAGAAAUUACAAGUUCCAUAAUAGCAUGUUGCCGCGAAUUAUCGAUGUAGCUGGCGAUACACACCAGAUGCUUUGCACGUAAAUCCUGUCGGGCUUGAUUUUUCCUCGUAGAUUCCGAGCUGAAAUGACAACCUAUUGAAAUCUCGCUUGUGCAAUCGGAAAGUGUUUUUUUUUUAUUAUUUCAUCAACCUCCUGCAAGCUCGUAUCGAAGAGAAAAACUUCAUGAAUAUUAUCCGUAUCGGUUUGAAUAAUCGCGUUUUUACGGAGUGUGCUCACCUCGUCGAACCGUUAAAACUGGAUGCAAAAAUUAGCUUGAAGAAUGCCUUGAUACAGGCGCAGUAGCUCGCGCGCGCGCCUCUCUCUCUCUCUCUCUCUCUCUCUCUCUCUAGAGAUAGAUAGAUAGAUUUAUUAUUAUUUAUAGUCCGUCAUUAUUAUGCAGGAGUUUGCGAUGCAAUAACGGCCUGGCUUACGUCAAACGGUUGAUAUUAUACUAGUUGGGGCGCGUAAUGGCUUGAGGCCAAGUGAAUGCCGCGAGCUAAAAAUGUGUGCUACUCGCGUGGGAGUCUGUGGUGCGCAGAAGAAUGUGUCUCCGCUCGUCGUGGAGAAAGAGAGAGAGAGAGAGAGAGAGAGAGAGAGAGAGAGAGAGAGAGAGAGAGAAAAUAAAAAUUUUGGAAAAGUCAACAGGGAUGAUGAACAGCUGCAGCGCUCCUUGCGACGGCUUUCGCGUCACGACGCCGAGCGGCUUUCGGUCCUGAAACGCUUUGCGAUUUUCGUCUUCUCACACACGCUGUUGUUGCCAUUGCCACGUAUUUUUUUCACUUUUUUCGCUCGCAGUCGAUCGACAUCACAAACUGCGUCUUAUCUGCUUGUUAGUGAUGAAAAAGCGAAUAGUGACGCUCUCGAGCACUAACUCGCAUUGGUUUUCUAAACGCUUCAAAACGAGUCAUCGAAUCAUUCCCAUUUUUCAAAACGACGCGCGGCAUGAAACCAGAACAUACAGCAUGAAGCUUGAACAGCUUAUGUCGGAGUCAUCGCUAUACGUAACGCGCAAAUUGUAGGUGACAAGUAUAUCGCGUGCCGAUAGUACGGCGCAACGAGUUUGUCUGUUGAUAACGCACGAAUCGAAUCAAAGCAUUUUCCGUGGUGAAAUCGUGCUGAGUGUAAUAAAGUUCAAUGCGAACCGAGCAAUCAUGACAUCUGUUUUUCUUUCUUCACUUUGAUGAAAACGUUUUGCUUGACAAGCUGUGUGCUUAUCGCUUCUGCGCAAAUUUCUGCGUCUGCGAAGAGUUAGCCCCGAAGCGCUGCGAGAAUACAAAUAUAGAGACAAUAGGAACGAUUUUCCAACUUGAUUUCGACUGAGACGAUCGUGCAGCGAGUGGCACUGCCGGCAACGACAGCGGCGAGAAAAACGUUGCGAGUAUGGAUCUUCGAAGCAAUUGGCUGAAAAUGCUCUUGAUUGCGGGGAUCAUGCGGUAUGCGAUGAGAAGCGUAUAGUGUUUAUUUACUCCCAUAUGGCUGAAUGAUAUGGCAGAAAUCUUGUUUUUACUGUAUAAUAUGUGCAUUUAUAUGAUUCCAGACGUGCGUAUAAAGAGUCCGGGCUCUAUGAAAGUGCUCUGCGAAACGAUGUAGCUAAAUAAUGAAAAAACACAAAUGAGAGAAUAAAUGAUCAUGCGAUGAAUGUUAAUUGUAAAUCAAAGAGAAAGGGGCUUAUACGAGAACUGUGCAGAUGUAUAGGAUACACGACCACUCGCGGCGCGGAUAGACGGACUUGACCCGCACAUCGCAACUUGCAUUACGUCUUGUCUCACUAUAUUGCUGUGUACUCGAGUCUAGCUUCGUUACAUGGAUCAAUUGUCGCGGCGACUUGAACGAGACGAUAGAGACUUUCGCGCGGGUUCGAAGCUUCGCAUUCGCUACGCGAGCAGUCGACGACUAUUACUAUAUUACUAUAUUACUAUAUUACUAUAUUACUAUAUUAUCGCAUACACGCUCGACACAGGAACAGCAGCACGACAUAACGAUGUAACAAUACGCGCGAAACAGCCAAGUCUCUUUGAUGAUGUGUAAUUGUAUACGAUGGGCAUAUUUUAUAUAUAUACAUAUAUUGUAGAUGCAGUGUGAUGAGAAAAAAGAAAGAGAGAAAGAAAGAGAGGCGGGCAAGCCUGCAUACUGUUGUAAUAGUUGUGAAGUGCCAAGUACGGAACAGUAACUAUGCUUAUAAGAGCGUAGUGUGUAAAGCACUGCAGACGGAGGGCUAGUCUUCGUCGUCGUACUGCGUCGGUGAUGCAGUGCGGUGGUCGAGCAGUGCUACCUUCUCUACCGGUGUGAGAUGCGUGACAUAGGCCCGUCUUUCGUCACGUGUCGAGAGAGAGAGAGAUAGAGAGAUAGAGAGCGAGCGAGAGAGAGAGAGAGAGAGAGAGAGAGAGCGCGAGACACACACAGACCGAGACUCUCUUCAGAGUCGAACCAAGCGAGCUUUCUUCAGCGACUUGGAGAAAGCUCUCUCUCCACACAGCUGUAAAGGAGUGAGAACCGCACCUCGAAUGGAUACAAGUGCGAGAAAAACGAGGUGCCCAUCACGCUGACGAAUGGCUCGACGCUGCCGCUGGUCGAGCGGCCGAACGACGAGGAGGCGGCCCUCUACAACCCGUUCGAGCACCGGAAGCUGGCCCACCCGACCAGCGACAUGGACACCCUGAUCCACCUGCUCAAGGGUAGCCUGGGCUCGGGCAUCCUGGCGAUGCCCGCGGCCUUCAAGAGCGCCGGCCUCUUCUUCGGCCUCUUCGCCACCUUCUUCAUCGGGGCCGUCUGCACCUACUGCGUGCACAUACUGGUCAAGUGCGCCCACGUGCUCUGCAGGCGGACGCAGACGCCGAGCCUCGGCUUCGCGGAGGUCGCCGAGGCGGCCUUCCUCAUCGGGCCCGAGCCGGUCCAGAAGUACGCCAGGCUUGCCAAGGCCACGAUCAACUCGUUCCUCGUGCUGGACCUCGUGGGCUGCUGCUGCGUCUACGUGCUCUUCGUCUCGCAGAACGUGAAGCAGGUCGUCGAGUUCUACACCCCGCCCGAGCACCACAUGGACCUGAGGAUCUACAUGGCCAUGCUGCUCCCCCUGCUGAUCGUCUUCUCGCUCGUGAGGAACCUCAAGUACCUGGCCCCCUUCUCCAUGGUGGCCAACGGCCUCAUCGCCGCCGGCCUGGGGAUCACCUUCUACUACAUCUUCACCGACCUGCCGGCCGUCUCCACGGUCAGGCCGGUCGCGAGCAUCACGGAGAUGCCGCUCUUCUUCGGAAUCGCCAUCUUCGCGCUCGAGGGCAUCGGUGUGGUGAUGCCCCUGGAGAACAACAUGAAGACCCCGACCCACUUCAUCGGCUGCCCCGGAGUCCUGAACAUCGGCAUGUUCUUCGUGGUGACGCUCUACAGCACCGUCGGCUUUUUCGGCUACCUCAAAUACCAGGACAAGACCCAGGGCUCGAUCACCCUGAACCUCGACGAGCACGACGUGCUCGCCCAGUCGGUCAAGCUCAUGAUCGCCGCGGCCAUCUUCUUCACCUACGGCCUGCAGUUCUACGUGCCCAUGGAGAUCAUCUGGAAGAACAUCAAGCACAGGUUCGGCGCGCGCAAGCUCGCCGCCGAGUACGCGGUGCGCAUCAGCCUGGUCAUCUUCACCGUCUGCAUGGCCAUCGCCAUCCCGAAUCUCAGCCCGUUCAUCUCGCUGGUCGGCGCGCUCUGCCUCUCGACCCUCGGCCUCAUGUUCCCCUCGAUCAUCGAGCUCGUCACCGUCUGGGAGCAGGAGAACGGCCUCGGCCGCUGCUACUGGAGGCUCUGGAAGAACAUCCUCAUCAUCGCCUUCGGCGUCCUCGGCCUGCUCACCGGCACCUACACCAGCAUCGGCGAGAUCACCGCCGGCCCCCAUCCGACGCCCGCCGCGGCCAACCUCACCGACGCGCUCGUCGGCCACUAACGGCCGCCGGCCCUGCAUGCCUGCGAUAUGAACGUAUAUGCGACCGACCUCUCGCGGAGCGCGCGUCCAGUGUGCCUCCCUCGCGCACGCGGCGAGCCGAGGACGCGCGCCGCGGGAAUCAUAGUCAGGGAGCCGAACCAGACGAGCGCCCUUGAAGCUCCGAUCGUUGCUGCUCCGCUCUCGUCAUCGUCAACGUCUCUACAUCCUGCAAGUAGGUGCGCGGGACGCCGGCCGAUGCGCCGCCGCUAGCUUUCCAUAACACACGCGUGCCUUCAUGCCACCGUCUGAUACACAGUGAUAUGCGUAGCCAAGACCGAGCUGCUGCUUGCAGUCUCACUACUUGUUCCAUUACUGAGAUCUGAGUUUAUUUACCCUCCCGCGAUAUGUCUUGCUGUAGACUAUAGUUCCGCCGCGGCCACUUGUGUGCCUGCUGGGAUUCCAAUAUCUCGUAGAAAAGGUUAUUCUAGCGUAGCAUUAAUAAAUCCUUGUAGAGCGAUACGAGGCGAGCUUCCGCUGAGAAAGCGCACAGUGUACACACGGAACAUUUUUCUUUCUCCAUCCGUUUUUUCCCUUCAGAUCCGAUGUACACGCGUUUCAUGCAUGCCCAGCAUUUUUUCCCACUAUGAUUGAAACUAAAUUAACGACGACGUCGGUUUUUCGUAGCAUCGAGUGGAAGCUCGUCGAAACUUGCCUCGCAGGAAGAAGGAAGAAUACGCGCGCAGAGCGAGCGAAAAACGUGCAUCGUAUGUGUAAGUUUUCUCAGUUAGUCAGCUGAACAAUAGCAGGCGAUCCUUCGCGUGGAAUCUCGUGCCGAUCCGUCCGCUUGUUUAUUAUUUUUUUUUAGCCAGGCGAAAAACGCCUUUGACAGGAAAAUUCCGAAAAGCAUCUUUCUUACCCCUUAUUCAAAGUGAAUCUAUAUUUGUGAAAUUUCUUCGGACGUUAUUUAAUCAUAAUACGCGCUAAAAGCCGUGGUGUAUACGACACAGUUUUCUAAAAUUACAACGAUAUAUAAUGUAAGUUACUCAUGUUCAUGGGAAACGAUGGGUCAUGGGAAACGACAUAUUUUGUUGAUCAAAAUUGCAGUCGAGAGCAAGGCGACGCGGAGAUCCUUAUAUCUUGCGCGAAGUUCCAAAUUAACCCAUGAAGUCUUCGUUGUUGCAGCCAUUGACGUAUCCUCGAGCGAUACGUCGACCGUCAGUAUUGUUAUUAGCAAGGAAGUAUAUGAAUACGCUAGGCGCCAGAAACGCGCGCGGCUAUUGGUUGUCUUGAUUUGAGCAUUUUUUUGUAAUGUAAAUACGGACACUAUUCAUUUUUAUAUGUGAAACAUGUAUUUUUCGGCAGUCGUUGAGACAUGAGAAAGCAAUAACCAUUUUUUAAGCUGACAAUAGAGUUUAUAUACCUGUAUAUGUAUUUUUUAAAGAAGCAACGAAAAAGUUCCAGAUGCCGCAGAUCGACAAAGAGUACUUGAUCAUUGACUCGCGUGUGUGUAGUGUGUACGCGUACAUGUUUGCUACACGAUUAUUUGAAACUAUAGUACAUGGCAUGCGUUACUUUCGCGCUCGCGCAUCAAGCGUAUACGGAUAAAAACGAAAUUCAUCUCUUGUUUUUGAUUAUCUACUAUAUUUUAUAAUGAACACACAAGGAGAAUAUUGAGUCGUGGUGACAAUAUGUAUUAACGUAAAGAUUCGACGUUUUUCAGAAUACUGCAAAUUUUGACGCGCGCACGAUAAGUUACAUUGUUACUGUGACGAACGUUCGAUCUAGUGCCUGUGGUCGUUGCCUUGCAAGAACAACCGCCCGAUACACUUUGGGACGUAGUUGCGCCAAGUGUAGAGGGCUGAAUUUCGUACGUAGAAAACAUGGGAGAGAGACCGAGAAAGGAUGAGAUAGAUAUGAGAGAAAGAGUGAGGUGAGAGCGUAGGUGAGGCACAGUCGCGAUAUUAGCGAUCGUUACUCAACGAAAAGUGUUUUUACAUGAAUGUAGAUAUAUACAUAUGCAUACUUGUUCUGUGUAUAAUGUUAUUUUAUUAAUCAUUGUACCAUACAUUUAUCUAUUUAAUACAUGAUCAACCGAUUUGCA